AUGGAUAAUGGAAAGGUUGAUUUGAAUAAACAAUAUAGAAUUGUUGUUGAUUUAAGAAGUUUGAAUAAAAUGUGUGCAAAAGUAGAAAUGCCUGGGAUGCGUAUUGAAUCUCUUAUUCCACUUUCAAAGGAAGCUACUCGUUUUAUAUCAAUUGACUUAUGUCAAAGUUUUCAUCAGUUUGAGUUAGAUGAAGUUGAUCGUAUUUUUUUUGAUAUAGCUUAUCCUGGAAUGCCGUGUUUGCGUUUUAAAAGACUUCCGCAAGGAUUCAUUAAUUCGCCUGUUUAUAUGAAAUAUUUGUUAGAAAAGAAAAUUCCUUCUGAUCUUUUGCAACUUUAUUAUGAUGAUGGAAUCCGAGGUACGGAUACUGAUUUAUUUGCACAUAUUCGCAUUGUUGAGCAAAUUUUUAGAAAACUUGGUGAUUGUGAUUUGAAAAUUAAUGCUAGUAAAAGUCUUUUGUGUGCUACGAAAUUACAAGUUCUUGGUUUUGAAGUUAGUCAAUAUGGAGCUAAACCUGGUGCUCGUGCUCGUAAUAUUAUGGAAAAAUAUAAAGUUCUUAAGUCUUCUGAUGAUAUUCGGCGUUUUUUGGGUUUUAUUUCUUAUUAUAAAAGAUUUUUGCCUAAACUUGGAAUUUUGCUUCAACCAAUUACAAAAUUAUUGAGAAAGAAUGUUGUUUUUACUUGGUGUGAUGAAUGCCAGUUGAAUUUUGAUAAAAUUAAGAAUUUACUUUUAGAAAAUCCUCGUUUGUAUACUGAGGUAAAAAAUGAACCAUUAAUGGUAAAUACGGAUGCCAGUUUUGAAGGUUUUGGAGGUUGUUUGUAUCAAAUGAUUAAUGCAGAAUUUCGUCCGUUAUUGUAUUGGAGUGCUACGCAUAGGCAUAAUUUAAGAAUUAAAAGUGCAAUUUAUUUGGAAUUACAAGGAGUUAUAGAAUUUUUUAGAGAUAAUCGUCAUCGAUUGGUUGGAAAGAAAAUUAUUUAUUGGUUUGUGGAUAAUAAAAGUGCUGUGAAUAUAUUGAAUAAUGGAGUUACUGAUGAUGAACGUUUUUUGAGUUGGUUGAGUAAGUUGCCGCUAAACAUAAAAUUUUUUCAUAUAUCCGGUUCAAAGAAUUAUAUUGCUGAUACAUUAUCUCGCGAUAUUCAACAUACUGAUGUCAAUUCUUCUGAGGGGAGAGAGGGUGAGAUUAAUAGUGUUGCUGCGAAGAGAAAUAGAGGUAAACCAAAGAAAAUUUCAAAGGAAUUAGAAUUAGAUGAUGAAAAUGAUGAAGAAAACAAUUUAACAUCUAAUCAAAAAUUGUUUAUACAAAAAUUACAUGAAAAGGGUCAUUUCUGUUACAAAAAAAUAUAUCAUUUAUUGGAUGAAAAUUUAGUGAAAAUAAAAGAAAAAUGGCAAGAAAAGAAUUGA